UGACAUUUGAAUCGCAUCAUAACAAUCGAACUUUAGUUCGCGGCUUUUAGUCACAUUUUCAAAACCGGCAUAAAGUCCAAUGCAUUUUAAAUAAGUAAAUCUUGGUUUUUGUGGCGAUUUUGAAUACUUAUUCAUCCUAAACAAGCAAUGUCGACCAGCAGCCCAAACUCUCCUUCGCUGCGGAGUCCUCUCGUGGACCGGACACUGGAUUUGAAGCUGACCGCGCGCCGAUCGCGGGAAUGCCUCGUCUGGGGCUCUAUCAACGUUGGCCUUCUGUCCGUGCUACUGUUCGAUAUUUCCAACAAAUGCCCCUACUCCUUUUCCCAGUGGUACUAUCUGGAAUAUGCCGCCGCGGCCAUUCUCGGAUUGAGUGUGGUUUAUUACUUUGGCCGUUACUUCUAUUACGUGUUCAGUAGGGAGCCUCUUCGGGGGACGGAUUACCAGCGGAAGCUGUUGAAGUUUGAUGUGGAUGAUACGUCGUUCAUUGCCACGACUCCCGCCACCGCCAAGAAAGCACCGUUGGCCAGUUCCGGUGCCACGCCGGCCAAUAUGUCUUCGGUCAGUUUGCACUCGUUCAACGACAGCGGAAUGUCUUUGGCCUCUUCGGGGUGGAUUUUCAAUCGGGGAAGUCCAAUCCAACAACAGCCGCAGCAGGGGAACACUUCCCAAGCCGCCGGGGGAAUGGCCUCGUUCCAGCAUCAGUCCUUCGACGGGUCACUCAAUGCGAGUGCGAACAAUAACUCGGGAACGUUUUCCCCGGCGAUUCGGAAGCUGGGCAACAAGAGCGAUUUCAUCGUCGACGAAAAGGGGUUGCAGAACUAUCUGAGAGAGGUCACAAACGAAGAGAAGAACAACAGUGCCUUUCUCGAGCGGAUGAACAUAUCGGGCAGCAGCUUCAACUCGUUUUGGAACAGCUACAAACUGGACGAUAUGUCCAACCUAUUGAAGACAUCCCUGUAUCAGUUGUCGCCCUCGGCUCCGCCAAGCAAGCAAACCAUGAAGGAACACGAAAGUGGACCGUAUAAUCCGAUCGAUGCGGACGUCAGCUCGGAAGUGCUGAAGAAAGUGUCUUCGGUGCAGCUGUCCAACUAUGUCGCCAAUCUUCGAAUGUGGAUUUCGAUGACCAUCCUGCAACGGGUUGUAGCCGAAAUGCAGAGCAUCGAUCAUUCGUUCAAAACUCGGGGAUUCUCCGACAUUCAGUUGGGCAGUGUCGGUCUGGAGCGAUUGAAGAAGACGGCGGAAAAUCAGCAGCUGGUAACGCUGUACAUCCCCAAGCUUCCGCUAUUGAUUCCGUUCUUGGAGAUGUCAACUAAUCAGGAGUACCUGGUUCAGCGAAUCAAAGACCUGGCCAAAGGUAGUUGCAUUGCUGAUUACCGUUGGAACUCGGGAUCGUCCUACAAGGGAGUCAAUUGGGAUGAACAUCUGCCGACGGAUUCUGCCAUCAUCUUCCACCUGUUCUGCACCUACAUGGACAGCCAGCUGCGGCCUUUGCCGCAACCCGGCGGCCGUCCCUUCUACAAUCGCUACGUGGUCAUCUCGGACAAGAAGAGCCCGAAGGAGACGCUGGCGGAGGUGGCCACCAAGAACAAAGCCAAGUGUGCCAUCCUGUGCUCGAAUCCGAUGAAGCCCAAGUUCAACUUUGUUUCGGACGACAAGAUUCACAAUUGCGCUCAUGAUCGCAACAAUCUGUUCUACGUACUCAUUCAGUUCCUAAUCUACAUGAAGAAUCAUCAGGAAGGUCUGGUCGAGGGAAUCAACCUUGGUAAAAGCGGUAUUAACAUUUUAUGUGUUCUCGAAGAUUAAGGCUUAAUUAGUAGGUAUUCACUCUUAAUCGUUUAACUAGGUAGUUUUGACAUUGUUUCUGAAUUUAACAUGUUUUGUGAAUUGUA